GAAGGAUGACCAGAUGCUGAAAAGGAGAAAUGUAAGCACUUUUCCUGAUGAUGCUACUUCGCCACUGCAGGAAAACCGCAACAACCAGGGUACUGUAAAUUGGUCUGUAGAUGACAUUCUCAAAGGCAUAAAUAGCAACAAUUUGGAAAGCCAGCUUCAAGCUACUCAAGCUGCUAGGAAACUGCUUUCCAGGGAAAAACAGCCCCCCAUAGACAACAUAAUCCGGGCUGGCUUGAUUCCAAAAUUUGUAUCCUUCUUGGGCAGAACUGACUGUAGUCCCAUUCAGUUUGAAUCUGCUUGGGCACUUACUAACAUUGCUUCUGGGACAUCAGAACAGACCAAGGCUGUGGUAGAUGGAGGUGCUAUCCCAGCAUUCAUUUCUCUGUUGGCAUCUCCUCAUGCUCACAUCAGUGAACAAGCUGUAUGGGCUCUAGGAAACAUUGCAGGUGAUGGUUCACCUUUCAGAGACUUGGUUAUCAAGUAUGGUGCAGUCGACCCUCUUUUAGCUCUACUUGCAGUUCCUGAUAUGUCAUCUUUAGCAUGUGGAUACUUGCGGAAUCUUACAUGGACACUUUCAAAUCUUUGUCGAAACAAGAAUCCUGCACCCCCAUUAGAUGCUGUUGAGCAGAUUCUCCCUACUUUAGUUCGUCUUCUGCAUCACGAUGAUCCAGAAGUAUUGGCAGAUACCUGCUGGGCUAUUUCCUAUCUUACCGAUGGUCCAAAUGAACGGAUUGAGAUGGUCGUGAAGACAGGAGUUGUGCCCCAACUUGUGAAGCUUCUAGGAGCUACUGAGCUGCCGAUUGUGACUCCUGCGCUAAGAGCCAUCGGGAAUAUUGUCACUGGGACAGAUGAACAGACUCAGGUUGUAAUAGAUGCAGGAGCACUUGCUACAUUUCCCAGCCUGCUAACAAAUCCCAAAACUAAUAUUCAGAAGGAAGCUACAUGGACCAUGUCAAACAUUACAGCAGGUCGUCAGGACCAGAUACAACAAGUAGUGAAUUAUGGAUUAGUCCCAUUCCUUGUUGACAUUCUCUCUAAGGCAGACUUCAAGACUCAAAAAGAAGCUGUGUGGGCUGUGACCAACUAUACAAGUGGUGGAACAGUUGAACAGAUUGUAUACCUCGUCCACUGUGGCAUAAUAGAACCAUUGAUGAACCUUUUAACUGCCAAGGAUACAAAAAUUAUUCUGGUUAUUCUGGAUGCCAUUUCAAAUAUCUUUCAAGCUGCUGAGAAAAUAAGUGAAACUGAGAAACUUAGUAUAAUGAUUGAAGAAUGCGGAGGCUUGGACAAAAUUGAAGCUCUGCAAAACCAUGAAAAUGAGUCUGUGUACAAGGCUUCAUUGAGUCUAAUUGAAAAGUACUUCUCUGUAGAGGAAGAAGAAGAUCAGAAUGUUGUGCCAGAAACUACCUCUGAAGGGUAUGCCUUCCAAGUUCCGGAUGGCACUCCUGGGACCUUUAACUUUUAAGAUUAUACAGCUGAGUCAUAAGUUGUUUGUUGUGUACUUUGUUUGGUAUAAGUUCGUCUUACUGUUUCUCUACUAAGAAUUCUUUAUAAAUGUGAUUUGCUAUGUAGCACGUUUUACAACGAAACUAUACUUGAACAGUUCCAAACUGUACAUACUGUAUGAAGCCUCUCCUAUCAUUGGGUUUCUUAUUUCUGUGUGGAAUUUCAUAUCUUACUGUGUCCUGUAAAUAAAGAUUCAAUUCCACCCUUUCCUUUUACUUCA